AUGUGCGGUAUAUUGGGUAUAAUAUUGGCUGAAGAUGCCAGUCCAGCUGAAGGCUUAGCGGGCAUAGCCGUCGAUGGUCUUAUGGACCUGCAGCAUCGAGGUACUGAAAGCUCAGGUUUGGUUGGAACCGAUGGUGUUCACAGGAAUCAAUUCGAUAUUGUUAAGGGCAGCGGUCUCGUCCGAGAAAUUUACAAUGCUGAGAAUUUAAGCAAAUUCAAAGAUUCAAUUGCAAUGCUUGGUCAUAAUCGCUAUUCAACGGCUGGUAUGAAGGACGCAAUCAAUUGCGUACAACCGUUUGUCGUUUAUACAUCCGUCGGUUUGGUAGCGAUUGCUCACAACGGAGAAUUGGUGAAUACGAAUGAGAAACGCAGUGAAAUUCUACAAAGUGGUGUUGGUUUAUCAACUGACACGGAUAGUGAGCUGAUCGCACAAAUUAUCGCUAAAUCGACUGCAAACCAAAUGCAGCAUCGUGACAAUGAAUCGAAUUAUGGAGAUAUUUCGAAGGUCCAACAGUUGAAGUGUGUUCACUAA